UAAAAACUACCGAACUCUGUUUGUUGUAUAUGCAGCUUCACUGCAAUAAUCAGUAUUCAAGCUACAUUGCCUUCACCUGUUCUGCAAGCGAGGAACUGCAUUGCAACCAGGCAUUUAAUUGUGCGACGGAUACGACGGACAUUUCUCGGGAGCUGCCUUAGUUUUUGUUCUGUUAUCAGAGCAUAUUUCUGCAUACAAUGUUUAGAAGUGUGUUAUGUUUGCAGAAAAUAAAUUAAUUGUGACAGAAGACUUCCUAACAUCUGUAUCCUCCUUUCAGCGAGUGCUUAGCUCCUCCCCUGACAGUUAAAUCCGUGCUCGCAGCCUGAGAGCGAGUUAGUCAAAGGUAAUCAUGGUAGUGUAACAAGGCUGUAUCAAGUAAACUUUUCAUUUCUUUUUUUUUCUUCUUCGUCUGAUUAUAUCCAAAGACACGAUUAUGAAGACGAUAAUUGCUGCGUAUUCCGGCGUUUUACGAGGUACUGGCUCCAGCAUCCUCUCUGCCUUCCAGGACCUGCCCUCGGCCCCCUGGCCUACGCGGGCGAGAGUGGAGAAGCAACUGCAGAUCAUCUCGGUGAUGCAAUGGGUCCUCAGCUUCCUCAUCAUGGGUGCAGCAUGCACUGUGGUCUUGAUGUAUGUGUUUUGCACAGACUGCUGGCUGGUUGCUGCCAUGUACAUGGCAUGGAUGAUCUUCGACUGGGACACCCCAACACAAGGGGGGAGAAGAUCCUCAUGGGUCAGGAACUGGACAGUGUGGAGAUAUUUCAGGGACUACUUUCCUAUCAGACUGAUUAAAACGCACAACCUGCUGCCCAGCAGAAAUUACAUCUUUGGCUAUCAUCCCCAUGGCAUCUUCUGCUUCGGAGCAUUCUGCAACUUUGGAACAGAAGCUACUGGGUUUGGCAAGAAAUUCCCUGGAAUCCGCCCCUCGCUGGCCACGCUGGCCGGCAACUUCCGGCUGCCGUUGCUGAGAGACUAUCUCAUGUCUGGAGGCAUCUGCCCUGUGAACCGCGAUUCCAUCGAUUACAUUCUGUCGCGCAACGGGACGGGCAACGCGGUUGUCAUUGUCGUUGGGGGCGCCGCGGAGUCUCUGGACUGCGCCCCGGGCAUGAACUCGGUCACCCUGAAGAACCGCAAGGGAUUCGUGAAGCUGGCGCUGCAGCAGGGUGCUGACCUCGUACCAGUGUACUCCUUUGGUGAGAAUGAAGUGUACAAGCAGCUGAUCUUUGAGAAGGGUUCCUGGGGGAGGCUGGUGCAGACGAGGUUCCAGAAGCUGAUGGGUUUUGCCCCCUGUCUGUUUCAUGGCUGCGGGCUGUUCUCUGCGGACUCCCGGGGCAUUGUGCCAUACUCCAAACCCAUCAACACAGUGGUUGGAGAGCCCAUCACCAUCCCCAGGAUUGAAAACCCAAGCCAGGAGGAAGUGGACCAGUAUCACACCAUGUACAUCAGCUCCCUCCUCAAGCUUUUCGACAGGUACAAGACCCGAUUUGGCCUGGCUGAGAGCGACCACUUGGUGAUCCACUGAGGGGUGUGGAUCCCCUGAGGGACUCGUGGCAGCUGUUCAGUUUUUCCCCUUGACAAGUGCCUGGCUCCAAGAUUGGCUCAAUUAAGAAUUUUUUUUUUUUUUUUUUUGGUCCAUACUCAUGGUGCCAUUCCAGAAAACCCGGGUACACUAUUUCCUUGAGAUGAAAGUGCAGCGUUUUGUUACCCACGCUAAGUUUCUAGCAGAGGAAACUCUUACUGGGUGUAAUUCACGUGCAUGUUACCCCAAAAUGCAGUUGAGCGGAUCUAAUGUGUGCUUAGUGGUUUAAUAACUGAGCAUUUCAGUGUUCCAUCCCCUCUCAUAACAUUUGGAAACGACAGAGGGGACUAUAACAGAUUCUCUCCAGCAACUGGAUGGUGCGCUGCCGAAUUCAAGAGAAUUCUUAGCUGGAGCUGUUCAGUUCCCCCACUAGGUGGUACUAUAGCUCUGUCUUCAGGUAUUCGGAUGUCUGGCGUAUUAAAAUCCUCUAUUUAAGAAUGUAUUUUUUGUAGUUGUUGCUAGGGAAAGAACUGAUCAUACUCUGAGUUAUGCAAGAACUUCUGACUAGUUCUAUAAAUCAAAACAAACAGAUCAGGUAGCUUGUUUUUAACCAAUGAAACAAGAGGACCCAAAGGUUUAAUUAUGACACAUGACAUUCUUGGUAUAAACUCUAGGUGACCUGAAAAAGCUAAUUAUUCAAGAAAUGUUUAAGGCACUUUUAAUACACCGACUUCUUCAUUCUAGUGUAGUUUUAAUUUGCACAAUUCUGGGUUGUUCUUUCAACUAGUAUAGGAUAUUUUUAAGAAAAAUGCACAAACAAUGCAAUUUUAAAGGGGACUUUGCCCUGUAUAAGAUAUUGGUUGUUUUAAAAAAACAAAACAAAAGCCAAAGAACUGUUUCUUCUGAUGUGUAUAUACAGCCUUUAUUCUGCCUGAAAGUUCUGUCGCUGUAAGUUCAGUACUGGGAAUGUGUUUCAGCAGAAGCAAGCAAAUCUGUGUGGAAGCAUAACAAGAUUGUGUUGUACAGUUGUGAAGAUCUGUGUACGUAUGCUGUGAUUUAGUGAUGCUGUUGGAACGUGACCUGACCUGAGGUUCAGUUUUCUGUUUUUGAUUAAGCUACUGGACCAUAAGUACAAUUUACAUUUCCUCAUGUUUGCACUGAUCGACUGCAUGCAUGUUCGUAUCUGAAGUUCACGGUGAUUAAUAUACCUUGUCCUCUUUUAGUCUGUGUGACUUUAAAAUCCGUAUUUCGGUGAAAGGCUGAGGAAUAUUCUUUGGGUCCCUGACCGUGCUGGUAGUGUUGGUAGACUUGAAGUUGGAGCAAAUGUUUGGAGGGUGGUGGUUUAGCUUGAUGAUCACUUAUAAAACGUCUGAGGAAGUGGAUUGCAAUAAAUAAUGAAUGUUUGCAGCAAGACCUAAAAAAGCUGCUUUAUUUAACUGAAGGGUGUUUUACACACAGAUGUUAUUGGCUCUGUAGUAAAAGUAUCCUUGUAAUUCAGUAUUUCUUGUUAAGAUGUAUAUCCAAUUUUGCUGUAUUUUUGCCAAGCUGUUCAAGUAUUUCCUGUUUUUCUAAAGAAGUUUACAUGUUAAAUGGAUACAACAAUUGAAUGUCAGCAUUUCAAAUAUUGGAAUAAAGCUUGCAUGCUUUUCCAUCUUGACCUUUUUGCCGGUGGAUUUAUCACUGUCUGAUUGUUAGGUACAAUGAAUACUUCAAUUAUUUGAAAUGUCGUAUAUGCUUUAUAUUGUCUUUCUAGUCUAAAUCUUUUUUUUUGGAUUAGUUUUCUAUGUUUAAAGAAUAAACAUGAAAUCUGCCUAUCUCCGUUGAUAAU